CACCCUCCUAACGCUACAUGGGAAAUUAGCUCGCGUUUGUAUUUCUUGUUGGAGGAACACCGCAUUAAGGAGGGCUUACGCGAUGGGCAUGGGUAAUGCAAAACACAAGGCUGGUUUCUGAUUAGUUCCGAAGUGCAAGGACUAUCUGCACUGGGAUCGUACUGGGAUCGGACUGGGAUCGGGAGAAGCCACUGGGAGUUCACACGGUUCACCGACCAUGCUCAGCUUUCUCCGCCGGACUCUGGGCCGGCGGUCCGUCCGCAGGCAGGCGGAGAAAGCCCGACACCGGGAGGCCCAGCGCGCAAACACGCACAUCCCUGCGGCUGGAGACGCCAAGUCCGUCAUUACCUGCCGAGUGGCGCUGCUGGACGGCACAGACGUUAGUGUCGACUUACCGAAAAAAGCCAAAGGUGAGGAGCUGUUUGACCAGAUCAUGUAUCACCUGGACAUCGUUGAGAAGGAUUACUUUGGUCUACGCUUCAUGGACUCCGCACAAGUGCCGCACUGGCUGGAUGUCACAAAAAGCAUUAAAAAGCAAGUCAAAAUCGGACCUCCAUACUGUCUCCACAUGCGGGUCAAGUUCUAUUCCUCAGAGCCCAACAACCUACACGAGGAACUAACGAGGUACCUGUUUGUACUGCAGCUGAAACAGGACGUCCUCACUGGCAAGUUGGACUGCCCCUUCGACACGGCCGUGCAGCUGGCAGCCUGCUCUCUGCAGGCUGAGCUGGGCGACUGCGACCCUUCAGAGCACAAUCUCGAACUGGUUUCGGAGUUCCGUUUUGUCCCGGAGCAAACAGAGGAGAUGGAGGAAGCUAUCUUCAGCGCUUGGAAGGAGUGCAGGGGCCAGAUGCCAGCCCAGGCUGAGAUAAACUAUCUCAACAAAGCCAAGUGGCUAGAGAUGUAUGGCGUGGACAUGCACAUGGUCAAGGCCCGUGACGGGAAUGAGUACAGUUUGGGACUGACCCCUACCGGAGUGCUCGUGUUCGAGGGGGAAACCAAAAUCGGCCUGUUCUUCUGGCCCAAGAUCACACGGUUGGACUUCAAGAAGAGCAAGCUAACCCUGGUGGUGGUGGAGGAUGACGAGCAGGGGAAGGAACAGGAGCACACGUUCGUGUUCCGCAUGGACCACCCGAAGGCCUGCAAGCACCUCUGGAAGUGCGCCGUGGAGCACCACGCCUUCUUCCGCCUGCGCGGCCCCGUCCAGAAGGGCUCCGCCCACUCCAGCUUCAUCCGCAUGGGCUCCCGCUUCAGAUACAGUGGAAAGACAGAGUACCAGACCACGAAAGCGAACAAAGCCAGAAGGUCGGCCUCGUUCGAGAGGCGACCCAGCCGACGCUACUCCAGGAGGACCCUGCAGAACCGAGGUGGCCCUAAAUCCCUAGAGAUGCACAAUAAUGGAGUAAGUCCCAGUAAAGAGACACAGCUGGCCCAUUCUCGACCUCCCUGGUCUGUUGUCCGUGGACCGCCCUUGGCCCAGAGCCCCUUAGAAGUCGAAGUUCUCCCCAGGAGCCCAGGUGGCAGCCAGUCGGAAAGGCGAAGCACACCUGGUGCGGCAGACCUGCCGGAGACGUGCGUGGACGAGGUAGUCCGGAUGCCUGUCUCCAUGGCAAUGGCAAGUUUGUCAGAGGAAGCGGGCCCCGGGCCUGCCCCCAUCAACAUCGCAGAAAGCCUCUCUCUCGUGGGUGAGUCAGAGGCCGCUGCUCGCCUGAAGCGGUUGGAGUUGGAGAGUGUGCCAGCUUCCAGUCCUACCCGCUCCAACGUCAACGUCAACAUGAACAACCAGGAGGACGUGCUGAAGCUUUCGGAGAAGGGUCUGAACAGUGUGGGCAGCAGUCCCAUCCUGACCCAUCUGAAGGCUGCUGACCAGCUCAAAAGCAAUGUCCUGAAGGCCCAGGCAGAUGCUGAGCUGCGGAACACGAAAGAACAGGCCCUGCUGUCUGGGGAGAAGAACUGUAACCUGCAGGAUGCAGCAGCCAGGUUAAUGGGGCGUGGCGGGCGUACAGACAGCACCUCAUCCCCGACGGUGGGCGGGCGCGCCGAGCCGCAGGAGGCCAGGCAGCCGCUCAGGCAGCCCCCCCUGGGGGCGUGCUCCAUGAGCCUCGACGUGACGGGAGAUGAGGUCACAUCUCCGCCGCCCGGCACACCGGCGGAGCUGAGGAGCGAGGAAGCUUACUCCGCCAAGGGCAGGCUGGAGGAGCAGGAGCCACGCCCUGUACCCCAGAGCGAUAACCUGAUUGACUUCACUGAUCCUAACCCAGGACCUACGCAAGUGCAGCUGCCCAAGCCUAUUACCGGCCCCCGGUGGAUCAUUCCAGCAGCUACGCACGCCGCCGGCGCCUUUACUAACGGCCUUCUAGAGCUGGAUUGCACAGCAAAGGCGACACCUCACCAUCCUGAAGGGGGCGCUCACGCCUCUCUUCCUCAGCUUUCUCACACUCAUAAUGUGAUUGGCACCAGAAGUGGUCCUCACGGCUCAGGCAGUGGGAUUCACCACGUCUCCUCUUGACUACAGCGUUGUUCCUCCUCCUCCCAGGGACAACAGCCACAAACCAAGGACCCUGCUGACCACUGAGCUCUGAGACCCGCGGGCCCCACACCGCCUCUUCACCGCCAGCUGCUCAGCCGCCCGCUCUGGGCUGUUCCAACCCCCCCCCCCACUACAUUCUACUGUGAGGCUUCCUCACACACAUUCCAGCACACCCUGAGCUUAAAGCACAGCAAGACACUAAUGCCCCGUGUACGGUACAUGUGACUCUACCGGCUGAACUCCACCAGACGCUCCACCUUUGAGCAGCAUCAGGGUUCAGAAGGGGCCUCCAAGCUCUGACCCAGGAUCAGCCUCACCGGCACCAAACAGCCUCAUCUUGGACUUUAAGGACGUGGAGGGGUGUGGACACUGAUUUUCCGAGACAUCGUUUCCGUUACAGCCACUGCGACAUGGCGCGAUUUGAUAUCACCGCAGCUGUUCCAGGGUCAGGGCUGGGAGGCCUCCAUUUGGCGGUGCUGGGACUUCUUUUCAGAGGGCUGUGGUUUUGCUCGGCCACCUACUGUUCUCAAACUCCGUGUAGUUAGAUCACUGUGACAGAGCAAUUUGCCAGACCGCUAUGGAUCACCGACUUUGGAAACUUUUAUUUAUAGAACAGCCGUAGGUCUUUUUACAAGCAUGUUUUUCCCUUUUGUUUGCUUUUUUCUUUCUGUCCUGUCUGUUCUGAGGCACGGUAGUAUUCAGUAUGAAGCUUUAAAGCACUGUACUUCAAACCUGUUUAUUGUUAGGACAGUUGUGUUGCGUAGCACUGGACCACAUGCCAUCAUGGCAUGGCUGAGCCACUUUGGUUUGACCUUCGAUCUGUUGUUGCUGUUUUCAUGUCUGUCAGAGACGUAGUUGCCUAAUUACCUACCUUGUCUUAACUGCUCAUUUUGCAGAUUUUAAAUACUUCACUCAUUUUUUUAGUAAAUCAAAUCUACUAGCAUGUAUAUUGCUUUUUGGAUCACUGCAUUUUACUGUAAUUCACUGGAUAAUGCAUGAUGGUUAUCAUGUAGUCUUGACACUGGUUAUGAGAACUGGCUAGAAAGAGGAACAGAGAAAGGAACUGUACCCAGUUCUCAAGUAGUUCUGAAAUUGCAACUAACGACUGUGUUGCCAUGAAGGCUGGCUGGCUAGUCUGAGGCUAGUCUGACCAUAAAUAUGGUCACACUUUAAUAUGUCCUGUGUCUAUUAUUGUCCACCAGUUACCUCUGCACAACCAGAUAAGCUCUUUCAUUUACCUCUGUUGUAUUCUUCGUUUUUUUUUUCCUGCUGUCUGCAUCACACAUUUGAAUUUACAACUAGACCGUCAGAUGAAGAUCUCUGGACAAAAAUCUGAAAUGUUUUCUUGAUCUUAUAAUGAAAGUGUUCUGAUGAGAGCUGUCAGUUUUUCAGUUUGUUGUCUUCUCCAAGACCACGCUGCGAUGGGCCGUUACGAGUCCUAGUCGGCCUUGAGCGCUUUCACGUUCACGAUUAAUGGCUGCGAGAAUAUGUGUAAUCAGAAGUGCAGUUUCCUGUAGCUGUCUGGCUUUAAUUUAUUCUUUUUUCUCUCUGUUCUGUACAAGCACCCUGUUUUACUCUCUGUAGAAUACCAUAGAUGUAUUAAUGACUUCUGUAGAGGUCGCAGCACUGAUUGGUAUCAUGUAUGUACACUGACUGAAGAAGUUUGAGUAGUGUGCCUUUUGUCAUUUGGUAUGAUGUAGGUCAUUCUCCAAAUAAAAAUGUAUUUUAACAGUA